CCCAAACUGUACAGUACAUCACUAUAUUGGAGUUGUCCUCUGUUUGCGCAGUCAGUCUCUUCAUCUCUGCUCGCGCAUCUGCCCGCGUUUCCGCUCUUAAACAUCAUUUAAUAAGGGGCAGAAUGGGAGCACGGCUCAGUCGAAAGAAGAGUAACGGGGGCACGGCAACAGAGACAACAGGUCCCCCUGUGGAGCAGAAUGAUGCAGGCGAGGGCUCACCUGUGACCGCAGAACAGAAAUCUUUUGAGGAUGAACUUCUAGAAAGUACUACUGAAGAGACCAAGCCUGUGGAAGAUGCACAGCCCGACUCCUCCACAAGUUUCCUGGAGAGCAUUACACAAGCUGUAGAAGAAACAGUCAACAGUGUCACCGAACAGAUUGCUGCACCGGUGGAAGAUGUUGUAAACAAAGGUAUUACAGCAGUGGAGUCUGCAUUGGCCGCUGUCAGCCUGAACAGAAAGGAACAAGAACCCAAGCAAAUCCAAGAGUCUACACCUGAAUCUUUUGGUGGAUCUGACCCCGUUCCCCUCCUGUCUGAAUCCACCCUUUUGGAUGAUCUGCUGAAACCUCAAGAAGCAGAGGUCAAAUUGGAGAGUGAAGCCGUAACCAAUCAGGUGGUGGAAGAAAACCAGGAUUUGUUGGAAGGUUUGGAAAAGGUGGCGACUCCUUCAGGGGACUUUCUGGACUGUAAACUGACCUAUGAAUCCACAGUCCCAAACUCGGAUCUCCCAGUCACGUUGGGACAAGAGGCAUGCGAAGCAGUUGACCUGGUAAACCACUAACCCACCUAUAACAAAAAAACAGCAGCAUUUUAUAGGUAAUAAGAAUAAUAAAAAAAAAAUUUGUUAAAUAUUGUGAAAGCUGUACGCUACAAAAUAAAAUCAAGUCACCACAGAUGCCUACGAACAUUACUAAUGUAACAUCUACACCUACAGCAUACAUAGAAAAGCUUCUUAUUAAUGUUUUACCUUCAUCCACCUUGGUUUGCGUUGAAAGAUUUGCUCAGUUUCCCAGAGGAAAAGGUGGAUAUGAAUGUACAUUAAAACAAUGAUUGUACUAAAGUAAAUAAAGACUGUUACACACCACAACAGCAUUCUGCUUU